AUGCAGAGCGACAAUGGCGUGGAAUCGGUCGCCUCGAGCUCGACUGCUGCUCCUCCCACGUCACCAACAUCAGGUCUAGAUGAACACCCUGCAUCAAAGUCCGAUCUGCUGCGUCAGUUCGCAGGAACCGGCACAAGCACCGCGUCUGGCGAUGGAGGUAUAUUGGCACAGUUGACGAGCAACCCUUUUUUCACUGCGGGCUUCGGUCUUGCAGGACUGGGCGCGCUCGCGACAUUUGCACAACGAGGCCUACGCCAUGGAGCGGCCCUUCUGCGGCGCCGGCUGCUCGUUGACGUCGAAAUCAGCGUCCGCGACGAUUCCUACCCAUGGUUCCUCUACUGGAUGACGCUACACGAGCGAGGGAGAGCGAUGGCAACAAAUGGUGCCAGACAACUGGGCGGGAGCGGCGCAGAAACAAAGACCGGAAUGUUUGAAUCGAUCCUCCAACGAUUGACACCGGGGAUGCGCCAUCUCGCGAUCGAGACGGAGAAACGAGAACUGCCCAACGGGGCGAUCCACACGGAUUUUGUGCUGAUCCCGGGCCCGGGGAGACAUGUGAUACGGUACAAGAAUGCCUGGAUCGCAGUCAACCGACAGAGGGAAUCGAAGCAAUUCUCUAUGGACGGGAAGCCAUGGGAAACGGUGACCUUGACGACACUGUACGCGCAUCGCCACGUGUUCGAGUCGCUCUUCAAGGAAGCCCACGACAUUGCCACGCAAUCUGUCGAAGGGAAAACCGUCAUCUAUACCGCCUGGGGCACCAAAUGGGACAAAUUCGGCCACCCUCGAAGCAAGCGACCUUUAGAGUCGGUCAUUCUGGACGAAGGCGUCAAGGAACGGAUUGUGGCCGAUGUGCAAGAUUUCCUGUCUUCUUCAAAAUGGUACUAUGAGCGAGGCAUCCCCUAUCGGCGAGGAUACUUGCUUUAUGGCCCGCCAGGCACCGGCAAAUCCUCCUUCAUCCAGGCCCUGGCGGGCCAUCUGAACUACGACAUUGCCAUGCUCAAUCUCAGCGAGCGAGGGCUCACGGACGACAGACUUAACCAUUUGUUGACUGUAAUACCGCAGCGCACGUUGGUGCUGCUGGAAGACGUCGACGCUGCAUUCGCCAACCGUCGCCAGGUCGACUCCGAUGGCUAUCAGGGCGCCAAUGUCACUUUCUCGGGCUUGCUGAAUGCCUUGGAUGGCGUCGGCAGUGCUGAGGAACGCAUCAUCUUCCUGACUACCAACCACGUCGACCGUCUUGAUGAAGCUCUCGUCCGUCCUGGCAGAGUCGACAUGACGGUCCACCUUGGUCCGGCCACGACCUAUCAGAUUGAGCAGCUCUGGGAACGGUUCUACGGCGAUAUCGAUCAAGAGGGCAAGCUGAAGCGGAAAUUCUUGUCCAAAUUGGUGGCGAACCACGUGCUGCCUGAUCCCUCGGCCCGCACUAGCCAGACCAGCAUGGCUGCUUUGCAGGGCUUGUUCCUCUUCAACAAGGGGAAUCCCCAGGGUGCGGUCGACAUGGCCUGGCAGCUGGCGCCGGGUGAAAUGCCCAGCGCGCUGGCUCCAACACAAGAGAGUCCACCUCAGUUGAGCUAG